UUCAAGAUUUCAUUACCAAAAAUAAAAUCCGAAUCUCUUUAACUAUUUCAUCCAAAGAUUCGAUUUUGAUCACCAUUCCCUUCUCAAUCACCACUCAUUUUGGUAAGAACAAAAAAUUCAAAUCCCUAUAAUUCCCUCACAAAUUCUCAAACCCCAUUCAACAAUGGAGCAGAAACCAGUGGUGGCGCGGUGCGAGUGCUGCGGGCUGACGGAGGAGUGCACGGAGGCGUACGUGGAGCGCGUGCGCGGCCGCUAUUCGGGGCGGUGGAUCUGCGGGCUUUGCGCGGAGGCCGUGAAGGAGGAGAUGGUGAGAAUCGGUAGCUGCGAAGAAGCCCUCGAUCGGCACAUGAAUUUCUGCCGGAAUUUCAGGAAUCUUUGCCCGCCGAAGAAGCCCACGGAGGACCUGAUCGCCGCCGUCAAGCAGCUGCUUAUGAGGAGCCUUGACUCGCCCCGGUCGAAGAAGCCCGGCCUGCUCCGCACCCAAAGCUGCGAGCCAGCCAUGCAGUCUGGCCGGCUUCUUUGA